AGGCGCAGCCGCAGGACCGUCAGACGGCCCGUGCCGGGGACGCUCUAACCGGGCGGUGUUAAAGGCAGGUGGGUUCGGGCUCCGCGCGUGCGCGCUGUGUGCAAGGUUGUUAGCGCUGCUCGCUGGUAUUCGCAAUGUCCGCAGGAACAGAGCUCUGGGUUUAGGUAGCGCUCGGCUGAACGGGACUUCCAGCCGCCUGAAGUUUUGCCAAGUGACAGGACUGAGCCUUGCAAUUAGCAAAGCUGGUCUUCCCCGCGGCAUUUUGAAGUUUCAGUCUUAACAGCCCCGUUGCAUGAGAUGUGGUGCUUAUAAGGGUUUGGGACUUUUUAAUUCUGUGUGGUACGAACGGUAAUCAUGUAAGUUAUAUACACACACACACACACACACACACACACACACACACUAUGCAACUAAAAUACGGAAAAUAUAGAAUGCUCCUUGCCCGCUUUAAGGUGCAGUUCAGAUUACCCACUAAUGCAACAGUGCCACUCUUGUCUACUCAGAAGUAGGCCCUGCUCAGUUCACAAUGAGCCUUACUGCCAGGUGGCUGUGCAUAUAUUAUGUAGCAUUGCAGCCUUACUGCACGGUUCCUGAAAAGUACUGGUAGAUCUUAACAAGAGUUGAGUGGACAUUUCUCGCAAUAGGACAUUUUGGCAGCACACACUUUGGUUGUAGAUUAUUAUCCCCAUAACGGGGAGAUACUUCAGGCCUAUCAAGCAAUUACUUCAAUGCCAUGUGAAAGGAGGAGGGAGACUGGAAAAGAGUUAAGAUUCAAAAUAAGCACGUGUCCAGGUAGCAAUCAUGUGCUUAGUGCAGUUUACCCAAACAAAAAUAAACGAGGUGGCAAAGCAGCUGGAAGACGAUGAAGGAAGAUGUGGCCACAUACUUGCAUAGACAGAUAAGUGGAAAAUGCUUAUGCAGGUUCCGUGUACCGUGUUCCACCAUCUUCCCUCUCUUUCUACGGAUGCUCGGACAUUAAGCGGGCCGGGAAAACAUUAAUUAUACGCAAUAAUAGGCAGGAGCAGCCGCGUGCAUUGACUCCCGCUGCUCACCCUCAACCGCCGCCUCCUUCCCCAUCCGCGGCUUUCACUUGGUACUUGGGUCACGUGACCUCCCCUCUCCGCGUUACCAGGGUGAAGCUGUAAGCAGGCGCUGACGGAGCUCCCUCUGUGGUGCAUCCGAACCUUCAGGGCCCCGGCUUCGCCCAAUGGCAGGGCGGGGGUUUGAUGUCGCCGUCCUAUAGCAACGCGAAAGGGGUGGGAGCGGAGCUCGGGUUCGGUUGGAGCUGCUGGAAAAAGGGUGAGGUGGGCUCGGGGUUCGGCAGAGAGGUGGCGGGGCUGGAGAGGGAAGAAGCCUGACGCUUUGGUGGCGGAGGGAGGGGCGCAAAUGUUCCUUUCCCGGCUCGCUUUGCAGCAGCAGCAGCAGCGGUGCCUGGCUGCUUCUCCUCCCCGUUUCCCCGCGCUUGGGGCUCCUGCUUAGUAAGUUGCCUUGUUCUGCCCUGUUUGUUUGUCGUCGCCGACGCUGUUGCUGCAGCGAUGGGUGUGUCGGGGGCCGCAGUGGGGAGGCUUCCUCCUCGAGGGCCCCUGGGUGUAGGAAGCUGAGCCCCUUCCCUCCUGGGACGCUGCGGCGCAGAGGUUCAUAGAGCAGGCUCCAGUGUUUAAAUGCGGGGUAAUUACCCCGGAGUAACUCCCAUGGCCUGAAAGUCAGUUAACGGAGGCGAUUUUUAUUUAUUUUUUGUUAAGUCACUCCACUCCAUCCACGGGGAGUGUGAGGUGAGAGGAGCUUCUCGCUUCCCACCCUGUAGCAUCCUUAUCGAGAACGGUUGAGUUACUGGAUAUUGUCAGGUUUAAUACAGAAAACUAAUAAAGCUUUACAUGCGAGCCACUUUUUACAGGCGUUUCAGAGAAGUGAAUCAAAAUUGGUUGAAAACAAGGCGCCUUACAUUGUACCAAGUAAGUUCUAAUUCGUUACAGUGUAGGCCAGCUUGUAGUUAACCAAUUUUGAUAACUUUGAAAGGCCCAAACUCCAUGUUUUCUAAAUUUUGGCAAAACUGGUUGUACAAAGCGGUAGAUAAAAAUAUUACUAAAACAGCAAAAGUGGUGUAUGUGCUAUACUAAUCAUAUUAAUGGUUGUCGCAUUGGGCUGCAAUUCUGUGCAACUUAUAGGGGGAAUACAGGACAUAGGAAGCUGUAGUUCAGCGUUGUCUGUGCAGAUUGAUAGCUGCUCUCUGCUUGUUCAGAUUGCAUCUCUCCCGGCCCUAUCUGGAGACGCUGGGGAUUGAACCCCGGGAGUUGGAGUCAAAAAGCAUCUAGAACAUAGGAAGCUGCAUUAUAUCAAGUUGGACAGUUGUGCCAUCUAGAUCAGUUUUGUCAACACUGACUGGCAGAGGCUUUCCAGGGUUCCAUCCCUACUUGGAGACACUAGUAAAUGAACGUGAGACAUGUUACUGCAAAGCACGCGCUCUACCACUGCAGAUCAUGGGUUCCUCAGCCCCAGAUGAAUGGAAUUGACUGCCAAACUCUAUAGGGUCAAAAACACAAUGUUGCAUUGUACUUCAGAACUAAUUAGUAAGCAGUGCUGGUAUUUCAAACUUGAAAAAAUAUGCCCCCUAUGGCCAUAGUAGCCAGUGACUGGGCAGCCAUGUUGUGGACCAGGAGUAAUUUCCUAGCAGUCUUCAAGGGUAAGGUAGGCCCCAUGUAUAAUGUACCACAUCAGUCUAAUGUAGAGGUUAUCAAGGCAUAUAGAACAGCAGCCAAGACUUUUAUCACUCAAUAUGGCAUGCCGACUUUAUAUUAAUCACACUGACCUCAUCCCCAAAGUCAUGUGGUGGCAUUAGUCAGCAAUUUCUUAUAUGUGUUUAAAAUAGCAUUAGCAGCUUGAAUCUUGUGGAUUCCCAAAAAAUAAUUCCUCUAUUGUAGAGCAGAACUCUUCCUAUACCAUCUUCUGGUACUUGACUUGUCAGAUAGUUUCAGAAGCAUUCCAACUUCCAUCCUAGCAAAGCACUCCAGAAAGAUACAAUUGAUGAAAGCUGAUGAGAGUUCCACAAGAAUACCCCUUAUCUAUAUCCUGAUGACGGUUAUCUUCAGGGGCAGCAACAAAGUUUGAAAAUGCAUCCAAGUGGUUAGCUUAAGCUCUGCUACCAAACUAGCAAACUCAGUUUGGGUUAUCAUUUUAAGUCUGCAGUCUUAAAUACGUUUACCUGGAAGUGGUCCCAUGGAACUCAGUGGGUCUCAUUCCCAAAUAAGUAUUUAAUCCUGACUUGGGAAUAAGCUUCACUUUAACCCAGUGGAACCUACUUUCAGGUAAGAGUGCAUCGUGUCAGACUAUAUAACAAAUAUCCAGGUAAGUGUUACUUUUCAUAAAUGCAGCAGUUCUCCUUUUCUAAUUUGUGCUUUGAGGUUUACUUGCAUCUUCUUGGUAUAUAGUCUGUGACAGCUUCUUAAUCAGGUAAGAUAUAAAUAUUUCUGUGUUCCUUUGAAAAGCAUUUUCUAUAGUAAUAGCCAUGGGAUAGAGACAGUGGAUGCAAACUACUGUACGACGUAUCUGAAGCAGAAAUAAUUGCAUUCACAGGCUUAGAGACCUUAUAAUGAAAGGGAAUAUUGAAACAUUGAUGGCAUCUAAAAAGACAAGUGAUUUGGAAACUGGCUUGUGAUGCAUAAAUUGAUCUGGCAGAUACAAAAAGAGCAACUUGGUUAUUCCGUUAAAAAGCUCCCUUUUUCUCCCUAGCCCAUACAUAAGGAUGCCUUAGAAAAGUACCAUGGACAAAUAUAUUAAGGUGCAAAAGAUUGGUGAAGGAUCUUUUGGAAAAGCAAUUCUGGUUAAAGCAAAGGAAAAUGGCAAACAAUAUGUUAUUAAGGAGAUCAAUAUAUCCAAGGUGAGUCUCUUGAGUUUUAUUUCCUUUCAUUACUUCUUUCCUUAUAUUUAUGUUUUCACAAACAAUGCUUUUCUUUUAAAGAUGUCGAAUAAAGAGAGAGAAGAAUCAAGGAGAGAAGUUGCAGUGUUGGCAAACAUGAAACAUCCAAAUAUUGUGCUAUACAGAGAAUCAUUUGAAGGUUAGGAUUAAAAAUAACUUGGCAUCUAAAAUAAAAAACUGAACUGGAUUGAAGUGCCUGAAUUGGGGUUUGUGUGUUGCCUUUCAGCGUCCAGUUUCCUGUUUAGUAUUUCUUGUUGCAUGCUGCAGUUCUGUGUGUGCUUACUUAAAAGAGGGGAUGGAGAAGAAUUUCAUUAGGCCCACAUUACUAAGCAAACUGACCUAAUAUGCAGAUCAGACUAAUAUGCAGAUCAGAACACAAUUAUCUUUUGAAUAUCACACUUCUCUGAACCUUCCCAUAGUGUUCUCAGCUCAGAAAAAAUAACCAAAAUAUGUGUGCCUUUAAAAAAAAUUACCCAUUUUAUAGUGAAGUAUGUUUAGAAAUGCAUUUCAGAUAAGAUACAUAUCUAAAUACAAAAUUUUGCAUGAAUUUUCUUUUUUAAAAAAAUGUGGAAGUGUGAUGAUGAUGAUGAUGAUGAUGAUAUUUUAUUUGUACCCCACCCAUCUGAUUGCUCCUCUGGGCAGCUUACAGCAUAUAUAAAAACCAUAGUAAAACAUUAAACCUUAAAAAGCUUUUCUAUAUAUGGCUGCCUUCAGAUGUCGUCUAAAGGUUAUAAAAUUACUCAUAUCCUUGAUAUCUGAGGGGAGGCCAUUCCACAGGAUGAGCGCCACUGCUGAGAAGGCCCUCUGCCUGGUUCCUUGUAGCUUCACUUCUCACAGUGUGGUAAAUGCCAGAAGCCCCUCAGUGCUGAAUCUCAGUGUCUGGGAUGAACGAUGGAUGGAAUGGACUUACAUAAAUGAAAUAUGAAAUUGGCAUGGGCCAGAAAUAGCAUGAUCUGACAUCUCAAUUUAAAAGUCAGUCAAAUUGAUCAGUAGGACCUCCUAAUAAAUAUGAUUGGAUUGGGCAGCAAGUCUACCAUUUUUCAUGUCUCCUGUAUGAGUUGGAAAAUACACAGUAAUGGAAGCUAAACAAAUUAAGGGACUGGCCAGUGCGAUGCAUUGUGAAGUGUAAAUUAACACUUGUGUGGGUGUAUUUAUUUAUUUAUUUUACAGAAGGUGGCUGUCUUUACAUAGUGAUGGACUAUUGUGAAGGAGGAGACCUUUUUAAAAAAAUUAAUACACAGAAAGGUGUCUUGUUUUCAGAAGACCAGGUAAGAGGAUUUGAGAUUUAUGUUGCUUGAUAACUGUAGAUGUUCUAGCUCUGAUAGACACCCUCUAUGUCCACAAUAAUGGCUGGCAUUGGUGCCAACCAAAAAAUAUGUGGUUGCGAUUCUGACUUUUGCUUUGCCUCUGAAAUGUGAUGUCAAUUCUAACUUCUUUUAGAUCAUGGAUUGGUUUGUACAGAUCUGCUUAGCACUGAAACAUGUGCAUGACAGAAAAAUUUUGCAUCGAGACAUAAAGUCACAAGUAAGUUCACUGAAACUUUUUUUUUAAUUGAAUGUCAAUAUUCUAAUAGCUAGGCUUUAGCCUACUUUCUUCGAAACACUGAUGAGAGAACAAACCUAUGUCAGGACUUUCCAGAAAGAACAAGGGUUUGUGCACUUGCAGGCCAAGGCUUACUUCAGAUGUAAUGCUAAAAGUAUGGUUCAACGUUAUAUGAACACCAGCAAGGUAGCCCCUUCCUCUCCUCCACUUUGUGUACAAGAGAAGAACGACGUUUUCACUUUUGGUUGUAAUCAACCUUGAGUUUCCUGUUAUGUCUGAACCUGAGAUACGUUUAUUCUAAAUAUGCUUAGUUUAGACAAACCAAGAUGGAAUGCACACAUUCCCAUAUUUCCAGUCUAAGCUUAUAUCUUGGUUUAGAGUGCAUGCGAUUAGCUUUCAGGUUACAUAUUACAAUUAUGUUCGUGAGCUUUAAGCAAACAGAUUUGUCAAAAAUUGUUUGGAAAUACACUUAGUUACCAGUCAGUUGUUAAUAUCAGCUGACUAAGAAAUGUUAAUAUGCAUUCAGCUAAAAGUGGUUUCUUGUAAUGGUUGGCAAAUUUGGUAUAAGUUACUUUCUUCUCUACUGAAUUUAACUUUGUGUUAGUGUACUGUAUUUUUCUUGUUUCUACUCCAGAAUAUAUUUUUAACCAAAGAUGGAACAAUACAGUUGGGGGACUUUGGAAUAGCUCGAGUUCUUAAUAGGUAAUACUGAAAUACGUUUUGCGCAAUUCACACAGUACUAUAAAACAUAGUCUAAUUCAUUAUAUUUUUAUUUUUAGUACAGUGGAGCUUGCUCGUACUUGCAUAGGAACGCCGUAUUACUUGUCGCCAGAAAUCUGUGAGAAUAAGCCUUACAACAAUAAAAGGUAGUAUUUAGCUAUAGGCUUAACUUAUUUUCAGUUGUAUGUAGCUGCCAUUGUCUUUUACUUCAAUGCAAUUUAUUCAACUGACUUCAUCAUACUGCUUUGUGAAAAUACAGAAGCCAACCCACUUUUAUCCAGCCUCAGCAUUGGUUAUCAUUUUCGGGCACUUGCAUAACUGAGAGCAAUGCAGAGAAUCUAUUCCAUGUAGGGAAUGUGCUGGUGAAGCAGAUUGCUGCAGCUGGCUGUAUUGCACUCUCCACUAGCUGGUGAGCAGAGGGUUCAGUCCUACUUGGUGCUGAUUUGCCAACACAUUCCUUUCAAGGAACACUGGCAAAGCAGACUCCCAUCCCCACUGGUCAACACUGACAGGUGCGCAAUGAUGACAUCAGGUUACUGAUAGGCGGGUGGUCCCACCCCCCUGUUAGAAUUGACUCAUGGGGUUAGGGAGAGAGAAAGGAUUGGCCUGCUAGGCCAAAAAUAUCCCUUACCCAUUAUCGCUUCCUUCUGGCUGUUAAGAAUAAUAGCUAUCCUAGGCCAGACUGAUAUGCUUUGAUCCCAAGGCCAGUCCUAGAUGUGAACCUGAAGUGGGAAAUCUAAAUGUCUUCCAUAUAACAAAAAUAAUAUAAUAAUAACUUGACAAUUUGGUAUCCUUUGGUCAUAAAUGACAGUUUGCUCAUUUAUGGAAGUGCAUACCCAAUUACACUUCCAUAAACGACCUACCUUAACUUUGCACCUGGCCCAGAGAAAAGGGCAAAUGAUGGAUGAGAAAGUCAUCUUUUCUAAGGAACCAGCAGAACAAAAAGCUAUAAGCAGGCUGAUAAGGUCCACAUUGUUGCUUAGAUGGUGCAUGUUGCACAAGUGAACAGAAUUUCAGCCAUUGCAAUUUACAUUACCGUAGAAACGUGGAUAACCAUUUGGAUGGCAGAAGUUGCCCCAGCUGAAAUGUACACAUGUAUAUAGACAUAGCUGAACUUAAUAAGGUGACCAAAAGUAAUACAAGCCAACCCAAGUUUCAAGGACAAGCUAGACCAGGCAUAGGCAAACUCGGCCCUCCAGAUGUUUUUGGCCUACAACUCCCAUGAUCCCUAGCUAACAGGACCCAGGGGUCAGGGAUUAUGGGAAUUGUAGUCUCAAAACAUCUGGAGGGCUGAAUUUGCCUAUGCCUGAGCUAGACUAUUGAUCAUCUAUGGUCUGCGCAAACUAAUGUUCUGUGUCUUGUUUCUUUAGUGACAUAUGGGCCCUUGGUUGUGUUCUCUAUGAAAUGUGCACACUGAAACAUGCAGUAAGUUGACGUUUCUAAAUACUUUAUAAAUGAAACUCUUUUUUCCAAUGCCCAGAAAAUGCAAUAUUUUUAGUUUAGGUAUUUUGACAUCAAAAUCACUUGUGUUUUGCUGAUCGUAUACUUUUUGUAGUUACGUGGAGGGGGUAUAGGAGAGAAUUGAAUUACAGUAAUAGAUAAUUGCAUGCCCAUGAUAAGAUUUAAAGUAACAGCAUGUGACACAAGUCAAAACCCCAAAUACAGCUGUUGGCUUGCUUGGAUAACGUACCACAUUGUUGAUGGGAUUUUUAAAAGGGAGGGAAUUUCACUCCCCCAAACUUCAGCCUUAGAGCAAUUACAGUAAGCUCGCAACUUGCACACAUUUAAGAUGUAUGCAUUCAGCUUUACAUGUGUGGCAAAAAAAAAAAAAAUGGAAAGAGGGUGGGAUUCUGGGAAAAAUGACUUUGGCAGUCAUACCCACCAUUGAACCCAAUGGGUUUUGACCAGUGCUUUUUUUCUGGGGGGACGUAGGGGUACGCAUACUCCUAAACAUUUUGUGAAUCUAAGUUUGGCCUCAUUGAGGGGCAGUAUUUCAAUAUGAGUAGGAAAAUGAGAGCACCCCUAAACAUUUUUUAAGAAAAAAAGUACUGAUUGCAAUUUUGGCUUUAAGAUAAGAGGGCAGUGGGAAAACAAUAUGGAAAAUCUUUAUGGAUAAAAUGCAAGACUAAAAGCAAAUUGAGAAUAUUUUCUAGGGCACCGAAAAUGCAUAUUAAAGUAAUUUUGAUUUUUGUAGCAUUAAGAAAUUCAGUUGUCUUGUUUUGCUGUGGCAUUACUACUGUCUAAUACAUACAAAUUGCACUUAUCUCUGCAGUUUGAAGCUGGAAAUAUGAAAAAUCUAGUACUCAAGAUAAUUUCCGGAUCAUUUCCUCCUGUUUCUGUGCAUUAUUCCCAUGACCUCCGGAAUCUGAUUUCACAGUUAUUUAAAAGAAAUCCUAGGGAUAGGCCAUCAGUCAACUCCAUAUUGGAGAAAAUUUUUAUAGCUAAGCGUAUUGAAAAAUUUCUGACACCCCAGGUAUGUUCUUGGACCUAUUGUUACAAAGUUUAAGAAGCCCAUCAUAAACGUGCUGCUUCUGUUAAUUACAGUGGUGCCCCGCAAGACGAAUGCCUCGCAAGACGAAAAACUCGCUAGACGAAAGAGUUUUCCGUUUUUUGAGUCGUUCCGCAAGACGAAUUUCCCUAUGGGCUUGCUUUGCAAGACGAAACGUCUUGCGAGUUCUUGCAAGUUUGUUUCCUUUUUCUUAAAGCCACUAAGCCGUUAAUAGCCACUAAGCUGCUAAUAGCCGCUAAGCCGCUAAUAGCCGUGCUUCGCAAGAUGAAAAAACCGCAAGACGAAGAGACUCGCGGAACGGAUUAAUUUCGUCUUGCGAGGCACCACUGUAAUAAGUCUUUCGGUUAUGUGCACUAUAUCUAUGUAUCUUAGCAAAUUAGUUACUAUUGUGUUUUUAUGAUUUUCCUUCUAUAGAAGAACACUGAAAUGCCACUCUACAGCAGUAUAUACCGUAUUUUUCGCUCUAUAGGAUGCACCAGACCAUAGGACGCACCUUGUUUUAGAGGGGGAGAACAAGAAAAAAAAAAUCUCCCCCUCUCUGCUCAGCGCUCCUUCAGCAAAGCGGCAGGAGAAACGGAGCCCCUUUCAUUUCUCCUCCCGCUUGGCUGAAGGGGCACUGCGCAGCUCUCCCUCUCUGCUGAAGUCAGGAGAGUCUUGCCCUCCCGGCUUCAGCAAAAGGAACCCGAAGCCUGCGGAGCGCAGCAGAAACUCGCACUGCGCUCUGAAGGCUUCAGGCGGCUAUCCCUGAAGCCUGGAGAGUGAGAGGGGUCGGUGCGCACCGACCCCUCUCGCUCUGAAGGCUUCAGCGAAAGCAACGCGAAACCUCCGGAGUGCGGAGGGAGCUCUCCCUCUGCGCUUCAGAGACUUCGCGUUGCUAUCACUGAAUCCAAGGAGCCUGCAUUCGCUCCAUAGGACGCACACACAUUUCCCCUUAAUUUUUGGAGGGGGGAAGUGCGUCCUAUAGAGCGAAAAAUACGGUAUAUUUUAAUUAACACACCGUUUCAAAUUCAAACUUUAAUUAUUUAAGAUACUUAUACAUAAAGCAGUUUACGUAUACAGGGAGGGGUGGGGAACCUCAGGCCCCGGGGUCAAAUUCACACCUCUCUAUCAUGCCCUUGAGACUUUGCCCAUGCCAUCUUCCCACUGCAGUCACACCCCUCACGGGUCCUGCUCUGUGUCUAGUGAUUUUUUACCUCGCUGGAAUGUAUCCACUAACAGUGACAUUAUCCCUUGCUUGCCUGAAGAGUCGUGUGUGUCUGUUCACACCCUUUUUCCACAUCCACCUCUGGAAGGUUGCCCAUGAGAGAAUGUUCCCCAGCCCUGACAUAAAAGAGGGCAUCAAUAUUUUAGAUAAGACUUUGAGAUUAGAGUCAAAGUCAUAUGUCUAAGUAACUUGAAUAGAGCAUGCUAAAGCAUACUUGAACAAUAUUUUUCGAUAAUACUUAAAUACCUUUCUAAUUAGGUACAUUUUUAAAAGCAUAAAAUAUCUUAAGUCAAAGCUUAACGGGGUCCCCUCCUCAAGGCUCAUGGAGAGGGUUCAGACAUGCACCUUGUGACAGCAUGACCUUCCUUGGCUCAUUGAAAUGUUGCAUGCUGGUUGUGUGUUCAUGGCCAUUUAUGUGAUGAAAUGUUAUAAAGAUUGCAAUCCGUAUCCAACAUGUAAUAACUCAACAUGUAUGUACUUUGUCUUUGGGACAAGGUGAAUGAGCUUUAUACAUUUCUUCUUAAGAACUUCCCAUGAGUUUUAGUUCAGGUUCACAACUAGUAAACAGCUUUUUAAAAAGGUAUGAACAUCCAAGGUAGGGUACAGCUAUCUCUCUAUAUACUCUUCUACAGUGGUACCUCUGGUUCCGAACUUAAUUCGUUCCGGAGGUCCGUUCUUAACCUGAAACAGUUCUUAACCUGAGGUACCACUUUAGCUAAUGGGGCCUCCCACUGGCCUGCGAUUUCUGUUCUCAUCCUGAGGUAAAGUUCUUAACCCGAGGUACUACUUCUGGGUUAGUGGAGUCUGUAACCCGAAGUGUUUGUAACCUGAGGUACCACUGUAUUUUUGGAACAAAUGUUUAUGGAAACAUUUAUUCAAUUUAUUGGUCAUUCAGUAACUGUUAGACUCUGUGUUACUCUCUAAUGUAAAAUUAUUCUUUUAGCUUAUUGCAGAAGAAUUUAGCCAUAAAGUAUUUCAGAAGUUUGGACCUCAUGCUGGACCAGGUAAUAUAUGAAAAAAAUCCUCUUAGGUGCAUUUUAGUUGAUUCCAAUACAUCAUUGACCUGAUCUCUAAACAAAGUAUCGGGUGACAGUAGGAAAUGCAGAACAUUCAUGAUGUUUAGAGCCCCUAAUUUAGAAUUCAUUUUUAUUCAUCCAAGAUAGCCUAUGCAUAAGGAAAGGAAUCUUCAUCUAGAAACUUGGUUUUGAAAUGAGUUUUCACAGAUCAGCUUUUGUGCACGAUAGCAGUACAGUAUUAAAGGGAAAUUUCUCAAGUUAUAAAACUUGCUUAUUGUUAACUUAAAUUACAAAUAAUUAAUUUGAAACAACGCAAUAUUGCUUCAAAAUCAGUUCCAAAUAUGUAGCUUAUAGCCAGAGCAUUUUGAGUUAAGAUAAUAAACUAUUCCUUUUGCCAGGUAUGUAGAUGAAGGUUGCUUUUGGCACAUGGCCAGGUGGGGAACAGGUAGACUUGAAAGAAAGAAUAUAAAAGGUUACCAAUCUUUGUCAUAAGUAAGUAAGUUGUGUCUUCUCUUCCUCUUUUCAAAUAAGCAUUCAACCACUUCAGUCUUAUAUGGAGUGUGUUGUACCUAAGCCAAAUAAUUUCAGCAUGUCCAACUCUGGAUGGGAAGAGAAUUAUUUUUGAAUAUUCCUUGGUCUUAGGAUAGAUUCCUAAAGAAACCCAGUGUUGUGUAAAGGAGUUCUUUUUGUGUGUGUGUUCUCUCUUGAAUAGCAAAGAGACCAGCUCAAGGUCAAAACUUGGCCUCUGCUGCACCAGCUCAAAAAAUCACAAAACCUGCUGCUAAAUAUGGAGUGCCUUUAAUGCUUAAGAAGUCUGGGGAUGCAGCUAAAAAGCCCUAUGAGAAGCCUUCAAUUAAAUGCCGACAGGUAAGAGAAAAUAUUCAGCAAUGAAACAAAAGUAUAUCUUUUUAAUGAGGGGGGUGGAGAAAGUGUAUGUUGGGACUUUGGUGUUUGCGUUUUUUAAACCUUAACUGCAUUUUGUUUGUGUCAACUUGUCACGGGCAUAGUUUCAGCGACCAAUAGAUUCCCUUGCAGGUGUGGAAACACGGUAUGUAACUAGUCUUUGCAAUUGCACUGUGAUGCGCAUUCAGGUGCAAGGCAUCCAAUGUGGCAUCUGUUGCCUUUCCACCCACUUUCCAGUACAGAUUGGCUGUGAAUAGUUUUGGACCUGCUCACAUAUCGCUGCAUGCAAUUAUAUCUGCAUUAAGGCCCAUAACACAGCUGGAAGGUGUUAUGGCGUGUUUUGGUUCCACCCAGUGUAAAAAGUGUACAAAGACCAUAUAAUAAAAUAACAGCAAGUAAACUCUGCCAGUAAACAUUCCUGAAAAGAAAACCUAAAAUGCUAUAUCAACAAGCAAGCUUCAAAAACUCAGUGGAAUCAAAGUGUUGAUAUGGUAUUUCAAAGUACUGUAUAAAGUGGCACAGCCUAGUGGGUCUUCAUGAGUAAGUUAUCAUGUUACACUGGCCCUGUUGGUACCUGCACCAUCUUAAAUAUUUAGCAUCUCAUUUGCUUUUUAUUUGAACAGAUUUGUUUUAUUUGACUUUUUAAAUUUGUGUCAUCCACUGUUGACUUCGUCUUUUUCUUUAUUAUUUGCAAUAUGAGAUGCAGCAGGAUUAGCUUGGAAUCCAAUGGAUCCUAAGCUGCUCAAGCCCAGCCUUCCCAAAAACCCUGUUUUAGGGCUUCCAGCCAAUUUCUACCACCAGGAAUCCACUCUGUUGACUGCAUCAAGUAAUCUAUGAGCAUACCCCCCCAAAAUUUUUAGUGUCACUCUACUUGGGAAGUCUGUAAAAUAUUUUCCUUAUAUGUCCUCAUUUCUCUAUGCUGAAACAGUGAUAGCUUUUGGCAACUUUGAAAUGAUCCACGCAUGAUGUGAAACCAACUGGCUUUUACUUGGCAUUAAAAAUAGCAUGCAGUCUCCCAUGUAUAAGUUAGUUGGUAUGAUGUGGCAGGGGAGGAGGGAUAGAGAUGUGCUUUAUUUAUGUUUUGUUUUCUAUUAACAAAAUAACUCUGAAAACAGCAAAAUACUUGUAUCAGUACUGCUGUCUUUGGCACACUGUUGGACAAUCAGAAAAAUGAAUGGAUGAAAAAUGGUGUUCACUUUUGUCUGUACUGCUGAGAAUACAUUAAGGCUUCAGUACUUGAUGCAUUUACUAGGGAGUCAAUGGCAUAGAAAUCAAAUCAAGUCCUAAGUGUAGUUUCCCAACAAUAAGAUCCACUGACCAAAGUGUGGUUUUUAUUUCUCAGUGCACAUGGAGAGGCCGAAACUGUAAGAUUAAUAGCAAGUUUGCAAAGUUAACUUAGUUUAUUCCUGCGUUAUUGAUUCUCCAUGCUCAGUUACCUUCUGCAGCACAUGGUACAUGCAUUCCUUCUAAUUUGUAGUUUCACUCUUUAUUUAGGCCCCUCCACCUCCAGUGAAGAAAGGGAAACCAGUAGAAGAAAGGAGGAAAAUGUUUGAGGUAUAAAGACAUGGAAACUAAGGAAACUAAGCAAAAUACUUUUAAACACAAAACAAAACCUUCAAACCUUUCCUCCUUAUUUCCUUCCACUAGAUAUUCUCUAACCUUAUUUAUAUAUAUCUCUAUCUGUGUGUGUGUAUAUACAUAGAUAUUAAAACCUCUAGAAUAUGACUCUUACUAUGAAGUCCUAACCAUCCUGACCUAAUUCUCAGGAAAUAAUGGCUCAGGGUUUGAAUCUGUAUUUAUUUUUCAGGAAGCUGCUAAAAAGAAAAGACACGACAUUUUUGAGAAGGACAAAAGACAGCGUGAACAGGUAAAUUAAAGAGAGUCACUAUUUUUGUUCUGUUUUUAAUGAUGGAAUGCAGGAAUAAUGUCUCAUAUGUUACCAUAGCAGUUGGUUGGCGUAAUACGUUAUCAUUUCAAAACAUCCUACAGAUCAGUUUCCUCAAGGCUGAGCAGAUGAGAAGACUUGAGAAGGAAAGGGUAAAAUGCUUUCAACUUUCCACUUCUAACUCUAAAGUUUCAUCUUCAGAGCAUUCAUCAAUUUUUGGGGUCCCGUUUUCUCACACACACGUCCUCUUUUCCAGAUGGAAAGAAUAAACAGAGCCAGGGAGCAAGGAUGGAGGAAUGUGCUCAGUGCAGGUGGAAGUGGUGAAAUCAAGGUUGGUAGCUGCUGUUAAAUGUAUAUGCGGACACACCUGUUCUUCCUUAUUUCUAACCUUAUCAAUAAUCUGUAGGUGCUUGUCAAGCUCUUACCUGCACCCUUUAGUCCAGAAGAGGGGAAUGUUUUUCAGACUGAUGCAGUGUUCCUCUGUGGGAAAUCUUCCAGGGGCUACAUGCCAGUGGUCAGCAGGACCCGAGGCAAAAAUGGCAGAGCAACAGGUGUUGUUGGCAUCCGUCUGUCUCAAGAGACAGUGGAGGAGUGCACCUCUGGGGGGAAAGUCCAACUGCUGCGUUAGCAACACCAAAGUGAUCUCCCUGGGGCACAAGCCUGGGCAGUGUUUAUGGAGGCUCUGGGCUGCCCAGAUGACGAGGCCCUCCUCUCGGUCUCACUGAUGCAGUCCAAAAGAAAGCAGAGCAAUACGUUUAGUGCCAGCUUGGGGUUACCAGAAGGAGGCGUACAAGGCACCAUCUAACAAUCUUGGGGACUUCGCUCCGGAUUGGAGUAGGGUUUACUCCUUAACCUUUUCUUCGCCCAAAGAUAUCCCGCAAGGUUUAGGGUCAGAGUUUUCCUUCUCCUAGAUGAGCUACUUUGCCAGGUUGACAAGUCCCAUCUGCCCCUCGAUUCCCUCUACAGUACGUGUAGAAACCACCUUCUUGAACAAUGGACCCAGUAUUGUUACCUUUGUACAGUUGGUUCCAUUCUAACCAUGUGAAAGUCACACACACACACACAAAACCACAGCCCUCCCUCCCAUCUAAGCAGGCAAGAAGCAUUUUCACAGUCCAAGAACACACUGCUUCCACAAAUGCUUCAAAGGUUCUCCUUGCAAGAAGUGAGGUUACAGGGAACCAGACAGAGGGCCUUCUCGGUAGUGGCGCCCACCCUGUGGAACACCCUCCCUUCAGAUGUGAAGGAAAUAAGCAGCUAUCCUAUCUUUAAAAGACAUCUGAAGGCAGCCCUGUUCAGGAAAGUUUUUAAUAUUUAAUGCUGUGCUGUUUUUAACACUUGAUUGGGAGCCGCCCAGAGUGGCUAGGGAAACUCAGCCAGAUGGGCGGGGUAUAAAUAAUAAAUUAUUAUUAUUAUCAUUAUUAUUAUGGCAAACGUUCUUGAGGGCAUAGUGCAAAGCUGGGGGGUGGCCUGAGGAGAGUGCUGAGGGCUGGAUACGGCAUUCUGGAGGGCCACGUUUUUUGUUGGGUGCAAAAUAGCAUAAGAUACAAUGCCCCCCCCCCAAAAAAAAAACAAAUUUGCAAGUGUUUAAGUUGUAGUUUUCAACUAGGUCCAAUCCAAAACUAUGCAAGGAUGAAGACUGUACAUUUUUUCAUGUUACAGUGAAUUUAUUUGUGUGGGUUUCUAUAACCAUUGCAGAAGAUGCAAUCCUACGAAUGCACAAUGUUGAUCAGAACAUGCUGUGAGAUGAAUGCAAGUGUAGAUCCUAUACCCUGGUCAAAAGAGAGACACUUAACAGUGCUGUAGAUGGCACUCUUCAUCAAAUAAUAUGUAACAUUUCUGUUUUUUAAAGGAAGCCACAAGGCAGAUAGGAAUAAAUACACAAGUGUGUAUGGGUCUCCAUUGCUGAUAGUAAUCAGAUAAUUGUCAGAAAUUACUGAAAGCCACUUUGUAUCGCCGACUAGCUGGAUGUUGUAAUAUAGAAGUCACUUUUAUGUCUAGAGGUUUUUAAUUACAGUAUCUAAAUCUGACUUUUAUUACCUUAAGGAGAGCAGGUGCUGCCAGUUCUCAUUGGAAUCAUAACAUGAGAGCUUAUUCUUAAAUUCCUAGGCUCCGUUUUUUGGAGGCGGAGGAGCUAUUGUGCCUUUUCCUGUGCCUGGUCGAGGACAAUAUGAACACUAUCAUGCUAUUUUUGAUCAGAUGCAGCAACAAAAGGAAAAUAUUAAAGUAACAGAGGGAAGAGAUGCUGAAUUGAGAGAGAAACAUGGUCCAGAACCUAUUGAAAGGUAUGUCUGCCUUCGUUAAAAAGGAAAGAACAUGUCAUUCUAGAUGAAAGUAAUGAAAAUUGCUAUGCAUAUUUAUCUACAGAGGACCACCUGGAAUUCAUGCAGGAGUUCCUAAUGGGCCUGCAGUUCAUCAUCAUUCACCUGAUGCUGAUGCAAUUAGGAAAAGAAUGAAAAGAUUGGAGGAGGUGUCUAGACAAGCCAAUGCAAACAGGUUGGACUGAUGAUGUAUGGAUCUGUCCUGUGUGUGUAGGUUUCUGUCACCGUCUGUUUAGUUUAAUAACUAACACUAGAGUGUGAAUGACAGUAAUAGAUACACCAUAAUCAUCUGCCCGCCUCUCUAGAUCAGAGUGGUUAUACAAUAUUACUAAUUUCUUUAGGAUCCAAAAUGCUUACCUAUUUAAUAUAAGUUAACAAGCUUGCACAAGUACUGUAUAUUGUGCAAGCAAUAUAACAAUUGCAGGAGAGGGUCCAAGUAAAAAGGGUCUAAUUAUACUCAUUUUAUAUUUCCUAGAUUAUAUAAUUCAGAGCAGUAAACUUCAACUUUUUUCAGAUUACAUAGUUUUAACCCAAACAUUAGGGGAUUCAUUUAAUAAUGUUUUGCCCAUAUAUUUGUGUGGUGGUAAUGUUGUGAGCCACGCUAGGGCAAGACCAAGUAGUUGAAGACCAAUGACCCAGUGAAUAGCAACAAAAUUGUUGUAUCUGGCUAUUGUCCAAGAGGAUAUGUUUGUAUUUACUUCACACAUCAUAGGUUGCCCCUUUUUAAGGCCUCUUAAAAAUGUAUGACAGGCCACAGAAACUGGCAGGAUGAGGCUUUAAGAACAUGGAUUUAAGAUUUUAUUGUACACUUCUGCUGAAAUACCGCUGUUGUCUUUUAUAAUUGUAAUUUCUCUUCCAGCGCUUAUGAUGCAAAUAGUAUAUUAUGGAGAAUACAUUUCAGCCUUAAACAAAAAUAGACCUUGUUUUAAGCUGUCAGGAUUGCUUCUUGUUUAAAUUUGUCUUCCAAAGCAGUUCCAAGAGGGUAGAAAAACCUUCCCAACCUCGUUCUCACCAGACUCCCCUCAUCCGUGGCUAUCAACCAUGCCAACUGAGACUUGUGGGAGUUGGGAAUCUAAAACCUUCGGAGGGCACCAGGUUGGGGAAGGCUGGGGUAGGCAUUUGUGUGCUUUCAUUGCAAUCUAAAAACUCUCAAACAAAUGAAAAUUGCAGGAAGGGUGUUUUUUCCUUGAGGACCAGGGUUGGAAAACCUGAUGUCCUCUAGAGGUUGGACUCCAACUCCCAUCGCCCCCAGGCAGCAUGGCCCAGUGGUCAGGGAUGAUAGAAGGCUGAAAGCCUGGCUAAAGAGCAUCCAUGACCAUCAGCUCUAGGACCUUGCCCAAGAAAGAAAGCUUACACUUGACCCAUGCUGUACAGUGGUUAGCAGACUAUAUUUCUAAAUGUACGUGACCUUCGCUUGCUAGCCACCUGUUGAUCUUGAAUCAAUAAAGUGCUGAAUGAUGUCGCUGCAUUUAUUUGAAGUCUGCUGAAAUCUUAAAUUCAGUGUAUUUUCUCUACUAGUUUCCAGUUCCUCUUCUUGGUUAUAUAUAUAUAUUUUUCAAGUAAAGCAAACUCGUAAAAUGUUUUACUCAGGCAAAAAGGAUGGGUAGCCGCAGAAAGAGCUAAGCAAGUUGAGGAAUUCUGGCAACGGAAGAGAGAAGCCAUGCAAAACAAAGCUCGUGCUGAAGGACAUAUGGUAUGAAAUUUUACUUUCCUACUGUAUCAGCAUUUGAAUUCUAUUUUUUUAACAGUUAACUUCCACAUGAACUUGUAAAAUCUAUUAAUAUCUGCAGCAGGACAGUAGUAAUUCUUAAACUUUAGGAUUGUGUUAGAAGUAAUCCACAAAAAUUAGAUUCUGCAUCUUCCCAGUAGUUGACUUGCUUCCUAUAUCUAUAUUGAAUCUUAUUUUGUAUUCGGGCUGGUGGUAUGAGACAGGAGCUUAUAAAUCAUGCAAUCCAAAGAAGUAUCUUUAAGCUAACAGAAGAAUUUGCGCAAUGAAAUUUCUCACUCAUCCUGAUUACGGCUGCAAUCCUGACCAUGUCUGCUCAGAAGCAAGUCCCAUUGAGUUCAGUAGAACUUGCAGUUAGGAAAAUGAGGCUAGGAUUGUAUCUGAAAAAAAUUUUCCUGGUGUAUUUAAGGGUGGCUUGCCACGUAGUGUGGAGAGCUGCUCUCAGGAGGAGAAACCCUUGCAGCGUAUAUAGACUUUGGUAUACAGCUCUUUGGGGUGACCAAGGUACUAUCUAAGACCUCAGUUCAAAGUUCAGCUAUGCAGCACAUGCUCUUUUAGCCACUUUUAACCUAUUGUGCAGCUGAAGCUUUGUAUGUGAAAAAUUCAUUGACCUGUUUCAGGUUUAAUGGAAAAUCAUGGCCAUGAGUAAACCAUGCUGAACCUCAGGCUCAUGUGCUUUCCUAUCUUCCUUUUUCAUGUGCAAGAAGAGAGCAGAAGCAAACAAGCCACCGUUCCCAAAGUAUAGGCAUUACAGGAAGCCCUGGUUUGUUCAAAAUUGUGACCAGAAAUCUUCCAGUUAGCUUCUAACAUGCAAAGGAGAGCAGAAUGGGGGAGUUGAAAAGUCACCUCCUGUGACUUGUUUAAGCACCGGGAAAGCAUAGUUUCCUACUAUAUAUAUAAACUGAGCCAGGACAUGGGUGGCGCUGUGGUCUAAACCACUGAGCCUCUUGGGCUUGCUGAUCAGAAGGUCGGCAGUUUGAAUAUCUUCCCAUAAACUGAGUCAUUGUUGUAUUUUCCUUCUGGUUCAUGCCAUGCAUAACCACUGUGCUCAGGUAUUCAUGUUACUUUGGGCAUGGGGAAAACAACAACAAAACCUGAAUUAAAAAUGCUUUCCGUUUCUCACUGCAAAUCUGUUGCCAACUUUGGGGGUUUGGCACUCAGAUACGAAAAUCAAGUUUAAAUCAUUAUUAUAAAAACUCUUUGACUUUUCUCCCCAAGGCAUUAUAAAUCCAAAGGUAGCCUGAGAUCUCUUUUGGUUGAUAUUAUGGUGGUGGCUUCUGUGGUCCACACCCAUUCCAUGUCACAGACACAUGUCUUCAUGCUUUAGAGCAUUUGCUGGCAGAUACUUUCUCUGCUCAUGACAAAAUGUGUCUACACCAUAAAAUGAGAACAUUCCUAAUAAUCACUGCAGGUCAAAGAGUGAGGUGUGGCUAGAUAGAGGAAUAUUGGUGUAGAAAGAAGAAUUUAUUGAUCCUUUUUAUAGUUUGCAUACACUUAAAGUUUCCCAUUGCUUUUUUUAAAAAAUAAAAACUACCGUUAGCAUAUGAGUUACACUGUCUCGGAGGUGGCAGUGAUCUGUACAUGCACAAAACCCCAUUUCCAUACGAAGGGAAAUAGAGCAAUGUUUUAUUUCCCAAAUAGGAGGAGCAGCUGCCAUGGCAUGGCAAAUUGUCACCUGAAUUUCCAUUACCUUUCCUGUUCGCCUUCCUUCAAUCUCUGAUAGUGAAAUCUGUGUCAUGUUUUUCGGCUGGAAUGACCCACCCAUCUAUUUUUGAAAGAGUAGCUCCAUCUAAAAAGCCUAUAACUUACAUUAGGACAAGUUCACACCUUUUCUUCUUGGUCCUCUAGAGUAAUAGUUUUUUAGUGAGGUUUUAAUUUUAGUGAGGUUUUAAGGUGCUGCUAUCAGUAAAUUAAUAUGAGAGAAAUGUUAUCUGCCUGCAUGCAAUUAUGAGCCAGUUUGAAAACAGCAUCCCAUUCGAAUGGAGAACAGCUGUGCAGAAACAGAUAUGAAAAGCCCACACUUUAGAAACAGUGAGAGUUUGUUAUAUUCUACACUUUAAUUAGGUGUAAGGGGGGAAAUGUUGCUGCUUAGUCUUCCCUCCAUGUGGAUGAACUACUUGACUGCCUGUCUUAGUACUCAGGGAGUGUGGCUCAGAGCUUGUUCUGGAAUCAAGCAGACUUUACUUGCUCAGGAUCAAACUAUCCUAUCAAAGGACCCAAAUCUUUGCUGCCUUCUGCAGAAACAAAGCAAAAGAAGAGAUCACCUCUGUGAUUAUUAGCCCUGUGUAGUAUUGGUAAGAAUUUGACUGACUCAACAAAUUAUUGCCUUUCCAAAAUUACCCAAGUGCACCAUAUUAAAUCAAUAGCAACAAAUUUCAAUACUUUAUCACCUAUAAUAUGCCACUCGGGCAGCGAUAUGCAUUUAUGUCACCACAAUCGUUUGAAGAUUUUUGGAAGGUUUCUGAGGGGGAUUUAACCAAAAGCAUUCAUGUUAAACCAUGUUGCCAUGAAGCUUUGUUUUCAUUUAAACAAAGUGUUGACACUUGACUCAAUAUAUAGCAAUUAUACACUAAUAAUUCAUUGUGGCAGUGAAGUUCCAACAAUGCAUGCCAAAGUUCUAAACUGAACAGAUGUUACAGUCUUAAAGGCACAGUCUAAAAUAUGAGAUACAAAGGAACAAGAAAAGUGAAGCUUGGGUAAUUAAAUGACGCAGAGUGUAUUUUCGCUUUAUCUUAGCCAUUCAUUGAGGAAAAAAAUAGUAGAUGUUGAUAAAUAUAAGGUUAGAUAAUGUGGUGGCCCCAACCGUUCUUGAAUUUAAUACAUUAAAUGGUGAACAGGGCACCCUGCAAAACCUGACAGCUAUCUAUGGAGGCAGGCCCAUUUCUUCAAGAGGAAGGAAAGCCAGAAACAAGGAGGAAGAGGUAUGCUUCCUGCAUGUUUUCUGCCUUCAUUGCACAUAUAGAACCCUUUCCUGCCUCAUUUUUUCUGCAUGGGUUGUCAUGUAUAAUCAGAGGAAAGGGCCCCUCCUUGGCAUUCUAAUUAGUUUCAACUUGCAACUCCUAGAGUUGUCCCAUAGAUGAAUUAACAUACUUGUCACAUAAGUUAGUCAUGAGAAGUGAAUCAUUCCUAUGCCCUUAAAACAGAAUUUGCCCUCAUUGUCUUUUAAUAGCUCUCCUCCACAACUCCCAGGCCACCAGUGAUGGGUCCGCUGAAAUCACUUAGAAGUAUAGCAUUGAUACUCUUCCAUAAGAGAGUUGUUCCAUUAAUAUCCCACUCUGUGAAAUUGACAUGUUUAAGUUAAGUAUUGCUGCAACUUUCCUCUGACACUUUUUAAAUUUUUUAUGUUCCUUCAGGAAUACUUGGCAAGACUAAGGCAAAUUAGACUUCAAAACUUCAACGAACGCCAGCAAAUUAAAGCUAAACUUCGUGGAGAAAAGGCAAGGAUUCUAACCAUGAAGGCAUUUUAUUAUUGCUCCGUUCGCCUUGUUUUCUGCUUUGUUAGAUGAAACUGAAUUGUUUAUUCUUAGCUUGUCAACUAGAGCUCCACUGAUUGUGAUGUCGAGGUGGCAAUCUUCUUGAUGUCCAGCUCUUCAAGGAAAGGCUUUAUGCCUCCAUGGCUGCAUGCAAAGCAUUUGCUUUACUCAGCUACGGCCCUUAUCAGUGAGCCAAGUAUUCAAAUGCUCAUGUGGCUGCUUGGAUAUUUGAGAUGGAGUUCUAAGAGUUGAUGCAACAUGUGGCCAGGCUACUAAAGAUUGGCUCUUUUUGAUCCUGCAGCGCUCAGUCCAUAUGGCUCCCCACUGGUUAUAGUUGUCUCGUGGCAAGUUUUUAAACGAAUACCAUAUUGCAGGGCAUCUUGUAAUUCCACCCUAAGAUUCUUGCUUCUCAUUUCGUUUCAGUUAUGAAAAUGGAAAAUGACUCUCUCUCCCCCCCCCCCACAAAAAAGGGAAAAAGACUCCAUACUUGCAAAUGCAUAGAAUAUAAAUGAUUAUAUUAGACUUCAGAACUGGGAGUUGUGGAGACUCUGAUAUGACUAAUUUUAAUUUACUGGAAUAUUUGCGAGCAUUUUUGGAAAGUGCCCCAAAGUUCCUGUUAGGUCACAUUUCCCUGGGGUUAAGUUAUUAGGAAUUUCCAAAGGAAAUCCUCUCAAAAUUGUAUGCAUUAUCAUGCUUCCAAAUCCUGUCAAGACUAUGAAACUAUAAUAUAUAGCCUCAAGAGCUCCGUGCAUGAAAUUUAAUGAAACUUAUGAGAUUAAAAAAAUUAUUAGUAUAGCUUGCAGUGUUCUCUUCUGUUACUAGUCUGCUAAGUAUAUAAAUUUGUGAAUAACUGUUUUACAGAAUGAAGCUUGUGGUUCUCCUGUACAUGAAAUAGAUGAAGAAGCAGAGCUAAGGCGUAAGAAAAUUGAAGCGCUGAAGGUAAUGGUGAAAGAGUGGUAGAGUAGAACUUGCUGCGUUGAUUAAAAACAAAACGGUGGGUGAAAACAACAGCCAAUAGAGCUGUUUUGUGCACUGUUCUGCACAUGCUAGCAUUAAGAGCUUGCUGAGUGCCACAAUGGAUGGCAAGUUCCAUCACAUUUUAAGAAACGUUUUCAUGGAAGAUCAACGCAGGAACAAUUAUGGUGUAGGGCCAGGAAGUGAAGUGAGAUGGGGAACAGUACAGGGACCACUGGUGCUGACCACAUUGGUGCACAUGGCCGUUGCCAUGCCUGCUGCACCUCAUCAGUUGUGAUUGGGGACCUUCAGGAACAUGUUCAAUAUUCCUUGCCUGGUGCUGCUGUAGCUCCUCGUCUUCCUGUGCCUCUCAAGCUACUGUCUUGUAGUGCUGUACGAAGCUGCAACCGUGAUGGAAGGUAUCACAUUGAUCCUGAAAUGUGUUUUCUGUAAAGUCUGGAAGUUAUUGAGCAAAAGUGUGUAUGAGGUUUUCUAAUGUAGAUUUCAAGAAGAGCCAUGUAAGUAAUUGCUGGUGCAACAUAUUGUAUAUGCACUGGCCUUUAGAAAGCAGAGUGCCCCUUGCUGAAAAGUUGCUCUCUUUUUUGGUCACAUUACAAGGCACAAGCAAAUGCCCGGGCUGCAGUCCUGAAAGAACAGCUAGAACGGAAGAGAAAAGAAGCAUACGAAAGGGAGAGGAAAGCUUGGGAAGAACAUGUAAGAAAGAUGAAUUUUGACACUUCCUCUCUGCUGAUGCAGUUUACACUUAGAAGCUUAGAUUAGAAUUGUUUAAUUUCUUCUUGUAUUUCCAGAGGUCUUGGAAGUAAGUGUUCACAGCCUGAUGUCUUUUGCAUACUAAUUUUCGUUCAUUUUUUAGCAUUAGUGUGCUCUUAACCUUUACUGAUGGGAUCUAGGGCCUAGAACAGGCAUAGGCAAACUCAGCCCUCCAGAUGUUUUGGGACUACAACUCCCAUCAUCCCUAGCUAACAGGAACAGUGGUCAAGGAUGAUGGGAGUUGUAGUUCCAAAACAUCUGGAGGGCCAAGUUUGCCUAUGCCUGACCUAGAACAUAUCUACCCAAUCUUGUUUGGGUAGAGAAAGUAGUAGUGUCUGCUGGAUUAUAGCACAUACUUCAGACCAGGAGCACUUUAAUGAUGCCACAGUGUGCAUGAAUUUCUUCUUGUAGUGGACUGGUAUGUUUAUCUUCUCAUGUAGUACUGAGAAAAGCACAAGAAUAUGGAUAAGAAAUAAAGGAUCAUCACCAUUGCCCACAUAAACAUUUUAAAGAGCCCCCAAACUGCUUCCGCCUCCCCAGUUGCACAACACCAAAAAUGUACAAAUAGCACUACAUCACUUCUGGAGUGAUUGGGGAUGUUCUAGGAACUCUAAAAAAAUUACAUAUUUCAUAAAAGUUAAGUAUCCUUUUUGUGUUUAAUGAUUCUGUGCUAUUCUGCAUGUGGAGAUGCAGCAAGUUGCCAGAGAGCAAAGAACACUCACCACUAGCAACCCAAACUACUGCUCCAAUCUAAUAAUAGUAGAUCCAGGGAGUUCAUAUCAGACUGUCAUGUCCAUGGAAUAGAGCCAAUUUUUAAAAAUCUAAAUAGUUGAAUGAUCAUGUCUUAAUUAAAGAAGAAAACAAGUGAUAGAAUUUGGUCAGUUAAUCAGUCUGAAGCUGCUGUUUUUUUAAAAAAAGAAAAGCUCUUGCAGCUUUAUAUUUUUCUGUGACAGCUGGCUGGGAAGGAAUGAAACUGUUCUACCCUUUUCUAUUUGGUUGUUACAAAAUGGUAGCUUUUGAUUUUAGAGGCUGUCUUGCAUAGGAGAGUCAAAAUCUCAGAGGAAAGUUAAAACUACAAGGGGAUGUUUUUCAUCAAGUUGUGCCCUGGAGGCUCAAAAGUUCAGCCUAGGAGCCUGAUUCAUUAAGACGAAAUAGAAACUUAAUCAGGAGUCUACUCGCUUUUUGAUUAGCCAAAAGGUAGGGAAGGGGAGUGAAUAUAUUGUACAGAAGUGAAGCUAGAAAAUAGGGUGGUUAGUUGUGAAGUCAGGAACUUGAAGAGUUGCAAGACAGAAAACGGUCUAGAAUAUUUUGAGUGCUGAGUGGUUGAGGGCAUAGCUGGACACUGCAGCAGACAAAAGCCAGAAGAAGACCACAAAGUGACCCAUUAGCUAAACAGAGGGAUGCAAAUUAAUAAGCAUUGGUGUGGUUAGGGAAACAGUCUAGACUACGUAUAGCUGGAUUCAUUUAUCUCUGUUUAUAUCCACUUGGUGGCAGUGGUGAUAAAGGAAGAGCUGGUUGGUUUGGCUGGUUUGCUUGCCUCCCUUCCCUCUCACAAUGCAGCCUACAGGCUGUGCCGUUACACUAACACUUCAUCAUUGCCAUGUGAAAUGUAGCACAUUUUACGUUAUACCCACAGCUGGUAGCCAAAGGGAUAAAGAACCCCAUGGGAGCUGCAGAAUUAAGUCCCACACAUGGCAAGCAAGAAGGUGGAGGUUCCCCUACCAGGCUGAUGAAGCCCAUUUCACCACAAAUCAUCUCUAUGACAUCCGCUCUGAAGGAAGUGGGCGCGGUAAGUCGUAUAUAUCAAAGCAGUAACCACAUGUAUGUCCAUUCAGUGUGCAAGUGUCAGGAAGAGAAUAUGAUUCUCAGUGCUCCUCUCAAGAAUGAAAAUUGUCUGUGCAUGCACAAAACCACUACUGUAUUGUGUUCGACAUGCUUUUUAAACACACAAAUUGAUUUGUGUGAAAAAUUGGCAUGAAAAUUGGCCUUCUCAUAGAUUAACAUUGCUAUUGUAGAAAUUCUGCCUGCAAGGAAUACGUCAACAAUGGUAUGCUGAAACAUUCACUGCACAGCUGUUAAUGGCAAGCAUUGUUUUCCCCACUGUUCUUUCUCGUACUAAUUACUGUAUUUGACACAGUCUUUCAUGUUGUUUUGUUGCAUGUUUUGGAUUUUAAAGGAUGAAAAUGCGUCGGUCAUCCAGGAAGCCUCAGUAGAAGCAAAACCUGAUGUUGCUUUUCAAGUAAGUUAAAUUACUUCAGCUUUGUUCUAUACUUCGGUUUUUUAGAGGUUUUGCUUUUUAUGUAAUGGGUUGUUUUGUUUUUUCUUUCCUGCUUCAGAACAAGCGAAACAUACUCCGAAGACUGAAUGAAAACCUUAAAGCACAGGUAGAUAUAAAAGAGGAAAAUGAACCUAAAGACAUCUGUGAGGUAGCUCUGCCUGAUGAGAAGAACCAGCAUCAAGAAGAAAACCAUCCGGUUCCACCUGAUCGUAAGAAAUGGGAGGCUGGGGCUCAACUUGUGGUUCCUCUAGCACAAUUAACAAUGGAAGCAUCUUUCACUGGUACAGAGGGUAAGUUGAUUUGUUAAAGUUUGUUAACCAAAUCAAGCGAAUUGCAAAGAUUGCACUUACUAGGUAAUACCAUCCUGCUUAAGUUAGUUUUGAACUUGCUUCCUCAAAGAUUUGUAAGUUGCAAACUGUUCAGCCACAUAGCUUGGAUAGACCCAAUCUUUCUCCUUUUCUCCUAAGUCUACUCUCCAUUCACAAGUCCUUUUCUCUCACUUCCUUCCUCCCUUACCCUAAUUAUGUCACAAAGUUAGCAGCUGUGUGUUCCCCAACUGGCAGUGAACAAGGUGCAGACCUUUUGCAGUGUCUCACAUCCAGCAGUUAGCAGCUUGAAACUGAAUUAUAUAUUACCACCCAUUUUGUGGACUACAUGGUUUCUGUGAUAUUUCUGUGCACUGGAAUUCCCAGCUCACUUGGGUUGUAUCCAACACAGCAAACUUCCUCAUUCACCAUGGAACUUCCCCUUCCUCUUCUCUCCCCUUCUCUAGCCUCCUGUGCAUCCUCAAAAUUGGCUCCAGUGGUUUUGAGGGUGUGGGAGGAGUGGCAGGGGAGCAAUAGAUAAAAACCCUUUGGAUUCCUGUGCCAUAAGCUUUGACAUUCCAUUCGGAAUGUUCCCUCUUCUCCAGUUAUAUUGCUUCUUCUAUCUUUAUUUUGGAAGUUGUAUCCAAAGAGCCUUCUAGAGGUUCCCUCACUGCGAGAAGUGAGGUUGCAGAGAACCAGGCAGAGGGCCUUCUCGGUAGUGGCACCUGCCCUGUGCAAUGCCCUCCCAUCAGAUGUCAAAGAAAUAAACUAUCUGACUUUUAGAAGACAUCUGAAGGCAACCCUGUUUAGGGAAGUUUUUAAUGUUUGAUGUUUUAUCGUGCUUUUAAUAUUCUGUUGGGAGCCGCUCAGAUGGGCGGGAUAUAAAUAAUAAAUUAUUAUUAUUAUUAUUAUUUAUUAUUAUUAUUUAGAUUUUGGAGGAGUGACAAACGGCCCUACCACCCCACUCCUAAAGAGAACUUUUUCACUUAGUGGAGAGAGAGAGAGAGAGUUGUUACCUUAAAAAAAUUCUGUUCUCCGAUUCAUUGCUUUUGCUCUAGAAAAUAUAUAAAGGAAAGGAAAUAUUAAUUCUCAGAUUUCUUGAUCUAAUUUCAUUGUAUUUAACCUAAUCUAAUUGCACUGAAUCAGAAUGUUUUGUUUUAAUAAACAUUUGUAUUGGUUUGCAUCUGUGUAUCGUAGAAGCAUUUGCAGCCCAUUUUGUUCUCUUUAUACCCUUCAAGAAUAAAUUAAAUUGGGAUGGUAUGUUCUUUACUGACAGAUCAUUACUCUUUUGUCUUUCAUUGAAAAUAAGGGGGGAGGAAGCCCUUUCUAAAGCUUUUUAUGUCAACAUGUUAAAUAUUUCCCUACAGCACAGACAUUAGGAGAGGUUAUUAAGCUAGACGCUGCUGAACCCCAACGAAAAGUCUGGGGCAAGAGCCCGACCGAUUCAGUAUUGAAGAUACUUGGAGAGGCUGAGUUACAACUUCAGACUGAUCUGCUAGAUGACCUAAGUAUUACCAACGGUAAGGAGAAGCUGAAGCUAUGUUAAGUUUUAAAAAACUUGUAUCAGGCUUAUAUUUUGCACUGAAUCUUUCAUGAGUGGUGGUUUAGGAUAGACCUUUGGACUACUAAUUUCCAUUUAUCCUUGAUUUAAUAACAGAGUAAAGCUUCCAUUCUGAAUAAAACCUGUUCUUGUUCUCUCUAACCCCAAGCAGUAGCAAUUCAAAUCCAGGCACCUCUUGCGCUGUGAAGCAUUGUCUAGAAUCUGUUUUCUCUCUUCUACUUACAGUGACACAUUAAAUUGGACUUUAAUACAUGGAGUGAAAUUACAGGGGACCAAAACAGGCAUAGUAAAAAGGAAAUCAUUUUAUUAUGAUGAAAAAUCAAAUUACCUUUUGAUAGGUUAAUAACAAUUAUAAGGCACACUUUCAUUUGUUGAAGUGUUUUCGCUAUUUAAUACAGACUUGAUGCCAUUUUAAAACAUGUAUUUUCUUAAAAACUGGUCCCUUUAAUAUUCCUGAGUGUAAAAGACUGGAACUUAACAGUCUCAUACAAUUUAAAAAAUGCAUACAAUUUCCAGCUGUUUGUGUAAGACUAAAAACAAUUCACUGUAUUUUUCGCACCAUAGGACGCACCGGACAAUAGGACGCACUUUGUUUUAGAGGGGGGAGAACAAGAAAAAAAAAUCUCCCCCUCUCUGCCCAGCGCCCCUUCAGCGAAGGGGCAGGAGGGGGUGUGCAGAGAGGGGAGAACUUUCCCCCCUUGUUUUCCCGCUCUAAAACAAGGUGCCGUUUAAGGUGCGUUCAGGCGGCUACCUUGGAAGCCUGGAGAGCGAGAGGGGUCGGUGUGCACUGACCCCUCUCGCUCUCCAGGCUUCAGGUUCCUUUCGACCUGCUCUUUGGGGCUGGCGGGGGGAAGCCCACCACCAGCCCCAAAGAGCAGUUCAGGGAGCAGCGGAAAGGCGCAGCGGAGAGGCUCCUGCCAUAGCCGUGCGUCACCUCUCCAGCCGGGAGAGGGUCGCGGGGCUAUGGCGUCUUCGCUCCAUAGGACGCACACACAUUUUCCCUUCAUUUUUGAAGGGAAAAUAGUGCGUCCUAUAGAGCGAAAAAUACGGCACUUUCGGACCCAUUUGAAUGUUGCAAUAAACCACAGUUUGUCUUAAAUUGGGUUGGCUAACCCCUUGUUUGGUGGCCUUCAAGCAACUUUUUCUUCUCAUCCAAGACCCUACUGAAUUAAUCAGUAGCAUAUAUAUAUAUAUAUAUAUAUAUAUAUAUAUAUAUAUAUAUAUAUAAAACCCCUUGUUUGGUGGCCUUCAAGCAACUUUUUCUUCUCAUCCAAGACCCUACUGAAUUAAUCAGUAGCAUAUAUAUAUAUAUAUAUAUAUAAUUUUUUAAAAGUAGGCAUAGCACUAGAGGUGGAAGGAGAAGUUUAAAUCCAGCACCCUGAUGGGAAUACAAUCACUCAAUAGACAAUGAUCAGCUAGAUCAUUUGAUGAACAGGGAGGGGGCAAUAACUCUUCUCAACAGAUCUGCAUGUGUGUUUUAUGUGUGUUCACACAUUGAGGUGGCCACACCUAUUGCUGGCAUGCAGCCUGAGGAGGGCUGGCAAUGGGUGAAUGCAAAAGUUUAACCACACCAAUCAUGAUUAAACUAUGCUUUAAGAACAUGUGUUCCCCCUGUCACAGGGAGGAGCUUAAACAAGCCAACGCAGAACAUGGUUUCCUUUGUUUCAAACAAACCACAAGCCAGAAAUAAACCAAAGUUUGCUCUUGGUCUGUUUCUGGCUUACCACUCAUUAUUUGUUUGAAACAAAACCAGGGGGCCAUGGUCAGAUGGCACAACAAAUUGUUGGAACUACAGUUUGUGAGAUCCACGAGCAAUAGAGGAGAAGCCACCCAAAUUGUCAUGCAGCAAGAAGGAAACAUGUUCAUUAUUAAACUAUUACUUAAGACAAACUGUGACUUAAGACAUGUUAACGAGGCUACUGUAAGGAUGCAAGUUUGUUUUCUUCCUUUUAGUAAAGAAACCUGCAUUUAUUAAUUCUGGACAGCUUACAUUUUUACCACACAUCUGUGCUGCAACAUAUUCAACGAGGUGUAUAUUUAAGUGGCAAUUUAUUACUUUGCUAUAGAUGUUUCAAAGGAACCAUUAACAGUGAGAGACAACAGUGAAAUGAAAGCAGAAACUCAUGCCAGAGAGGAAUCAUCGACUGAAGUUGAGAAUACUGAAAAGACGACACAAGAAAGCUCUCAAGCAUCUGAAUCUACCCAGUUGACAGCCAGGCCUGAUCUGAUAAACGGUAUAACUUCCCAGUUCCAAAUUUAUUCACACACCCACACCCCUGUUUUUAGUAAGGAGCAGAGAAAUGCUGUUAAUGGAAGUUUAAUAAUUAAUAAAUUAGGGCAAUACAAUGUCAAAAAUAAUUUAUGCAAAGGUAACACGCUGAAGAGUUCUAAUAAAAUUCCAAAGUUCUCUUAAAAUUUGGCCUCUGCUUAUAGUUGCUUGUCAACUGUGCAUCUUAGCACGGACGGCUUAUGAGAGCUAAAUAAUUGUUUCAGUGCCUUCCCAUAGGACAUAUGUGUUUAUGCAUAACAAUUAUAAAUAGCUUUUGUGCCUCCUGCUAAAUUUUAAUAUCCCUUAGGAAUUGUGAUGCAAGUAAAUGCCUUUAGCACAAGUACCGCUUCUUUCAUUUGUGAACUUGUUUCCACAGAGCCUGAAGACUUGGAAUCAGAAUUGUUAGAAGAAACCAAAGAAGAUAAAUGCAAAGCAAAUAUAUUCCCUGUCAUUGCUGAUGUGUGGGUUAAAGAAAGAGCAGAAGCAAAGGAAAUUGUGUAAGUCACCCUCCCUUUUAUGCUUCCACUGGUAUAAAGUUUCAUUUUUGAGAGUAAAAUGAGGAAAUAUAUUGUGUGUGUGUGUUUAUUUCCUGGCUUUGGUCAUCUUUCGCAGGUCAGAAGAUCCUACUGAUAGUAGCCAAUAUGAAAACGAAGAUCUUCCAGAGGAUGGGCUACUAAAAAAAAUGCCACUCCAUGAUGAAGCAUCCGUAGGUCAGCAGUCAUAUUAUUUAUACUUCUUAUAAUCUAAAAUGGAAUUUGAGAUUUUGGGGUAUUCUGUAUGUCUUUUGCCAACGUGAAUUGGAAUACUUAGGUUGCAAUUCUGUGUCCCACAAAGCCCUGCUGCUUCUGAGCAGACAUGUAGGAUUGAAGUGUAAACAGAGAGUUAAACUUAACAUGUCUUGUUCUUCUGGUCUGUAGGGAGUAUAGUAGACAGGAGAGGGUUAAUUUCCCUUCAAGAGGAAAGCCCAGGCCAAAUAGCAGCAACAACAACAAAAUUUGUGUCUUUCCUGGAUAGGAGGGAUCUUCCAGUUACAGGACAACUUUCCAGUGUAGAAAUUUCUUAUGGGGGAAAAAACCAUAAGCAGAUAAUCACAUUUAUCAACAAAAGAACAGUAAUGAAGAAGAAAAAAUAUGGAGGGAAAAGAAGGAGGAGUCCAGUGGUGUCCCUAACUGAGAACUGCUAAGGAAAACGGUGCAUGCUAGAUUUGCAAACAACCCUCUGUGAUUUACACUCUCUGUGGUUUGGUUGUUUCUAUUAAGUGUGGGUAGACCUGUCUGCUCCCCUCUCCACUGACCAGAAGAACACUUCAUAGUAAGUACAAUGUUCCACUCUCGGAACAGCGGGGGAGCAGAAAGCAAAAGGAUAUCAUCAUAUCAGGGUGGGAGGAACAACUCUUUAUAGCUGCUGAUAUUGUACUUUCCUAUGGAGGAAUAUUUGAGGAGAAGCUUGUUGCAUGAAGGUGGACAGUUGACCUAUUGAUCCUCCUGUUGAAGGUUCUGGUAGUGUGCUGUGACCAAGCCAUCCAAGGUACAUGUUAUGUGUGCAGAAAAGGCUGUUACACCCUUGCAGGCGCAUGGCAUUCGUGAGCAUACUAGGUCAGGCAACAUGUAUUCUGACUCCUCUGUUCAUUAUGUUUCUUCCCUGUAUGCCAGUAUGGAAGCAGUUCUGGCAUAGACUGGGAGUAUUGGCCCAUGAACACAACUUGAGGAGACUUCUGAGUGCCAGACAGACAUUGGGUUUCUGCCAUUCCAUAUCCUGGGAAAAUGGGGUUAAGAUGGUUCUGUAGGAUUUAUAUUUCUGCAUACCAGGAGAAGGUAUGACUGCAGCCUGUGGGCAGUGGCUGGCUUGGAGUUAUCUGUCCUAGGGGAUUCUUUACAAGGAACCAUCCAGACCCAGUUAACAAUGGAUGUAACCAUGCUGGACUGAGGAACACUUGAUAUGCUAUAAUCCAUACAUUUAGCCCUGACCUCAUUGGCUGCCAAGGUGCAGGCAGAAAAACGUGUGGUUCUAAGCAUGCAUCUUCCACCAUGAGCAGAAAUGUUCCCCAACUUAUAUAAACCUUACAGAAAACUACAUUUUGAUGAGGUGUGCGCUUCAGCAGUUCUUUAUGCUUCGAAACCCGGGAGACAAGGUUUCAGUCUUAAGGUGACAUUGAUAACCUCUAAGAGACUUGCAUAGAACAACUUCAUAAAUGUAUUUCCAAAAGUUGUGGAAAGAACUACAAUUCCAGGGAAAAGUUCAGCUAGCAGGCCAUGCACUAGAGGGACCUUUCAAGCCACUCAUGGAUUCAUGAGAAUUAUUAUUUAUUUAAACUGUAGCUAUCUAUAGAAGCGCUUUGCUCUUGCCCUCGGAAAUAGGUCCUUGAUCCCUGAGGACUUGGGGAAAGAGUCAGUUCACUAAAUGGAAGCAAUCUGCUGCUCCUAUUCUGAUGGCUUCAAAAAAGAACCCUGUUGCUUCUGCCCAGAUAGCUUGCUAAAAGAUCUUGUCAGACCUAUACAGUGGUACCUCGGGUUAAGUACUUAAUUCGUUCCGGAGGUCCGUUCUUAACCUGAAACUGUUCUUAACCUGAAGCACCACUUUAGCUAAUGGGGCCUCCUGCUGCCACCAUGCCGCCAGAGCAUGAUUUCUGUUCUCAUCCUGAAGCAAAGUUCUUAACCCAAGGUACUAUUUCUGGGUUAGCGGAGUCUGUAACCUGAAGUGUAUGUAACCCGAGGUACCACUGUAUUUGUUCUAGAAGAACCCUGGGCUCCUGAGUUAUGAACUGUCUUUCAAUAGACUAAUGAACAGAAGGGUCUAUUCAUUCAGUCUCUCUUGCACACAUUUUCUCAAGCAUGCAGACACUAUAAGGAGUAUUUUCAAAAACCUGGUGAGGAAUGGUGACUCUUAACAUUGAAGGGAAACCCUUUUACUUGGAAGGAACUGGCCAGAGGGGAAGGGAAGGAGGGAGCCUGGAAAUUGCCAUCUGUCCCCAUUUUGUCUUUACACAAAGGCUAGGCCUCAGCAAUGUCAUCUGGUACUUGUCACAAUCCAACCCUCUGCCUCUAACACACUAGCCACACUAACAGAUAACAAAUUGGAGAGGCCGUUUAUGGGUAAGGGAAAGCUAUAGCACCCUUACCCAUGUAGUCAUUUUGCUCUUAAAAGCUUGAACUCUUCCAUCCACCACCCACUUUGAGGGAUUUUGGGGCAGUCCCACAAUUAAUUAGUAAUUUUCAAGGUAAGGUAAUGCAAGGUGCAGCAUCGGCCUACAGCAUAUCUUAUUUCUGCAGUAAAUUAUUGAACUGCACCUAACACUUUUUUUAAACGAGGCUUGCUGGAAUGUUAACCUGUACAUGUAUUUGUAAAAUGGUGUGUUCUCUCUCGCUCCAGAUACCCAUGAUUCCAUGCAACCUGAACCCUUUUUUCAGAAAGUGGUACAGCAUCAAGCAAGAUUAACAGCUUUUCCUGUUCUGUCGGCACAGUCUUCCCUUGAUGAUUCCCUUCCAACAAGGUCACGCUCUGUAUCGCCAGAAAAAACAAAAGGCAAAAACUCAUUGUUGAUAGGGCUUUCUACUGGUCUCUUUGAUGCGAACAACCCAAAGGUAAGCAUUUAAAACAAACAAACAAAAAAAAAAAAAACCUUAAAUGUUGCACAUGGGUGUAUUUGCUGCAUGGGUAUAUAAUGCUUACAGAAUUGUUGCAUUUUAUAGACUACAAAAGGAUUAUAUACUUGCACCCGUGCAACUGUUCUUUGUAAUACUAGAAAUGCACAAAAAAAUUAGAAGUGCUACUUGGGAGAUUGUUUUUUUAUUAUGAUUGGGGGCAACCUCCUGAAGAUGCACCUGAUACUAGUAUACUAUUGUGUAUAUAUAGAUAUAGAUAUAGAUAUAGAUAUAGAUAUAGAUGGAUAGAUAGAUAUCAACAUAUAUAUUUUUGGAAAGUAAUAAAGGAGAAUUCAUAAUUUUAGCAUGAAAACUGUUCUUGAUUCUUCAUUCUCCCAUUUCCCCCCACUCUGGAAGAAAACAUACAGGAGCUACUUGUUACUAUCAUAACUAUGCUAAUAUAAAUUUACAAGUUAUUUUUGUUAUUAUGGGCACACGUUCACAUUCUUGCUGGUUGGUCUGGUCUGCUCGUUUAAUGCAGUAUUCCUUUUUAGCUGCUGAGAACCUGUUCGCUCCCUGAUCUUUCCAAGCUGUAUAGAACACUAGUUGAUGUUCCCAGUGUUGCUGAUGUGCAAAAUCAACAGAGUCUUGAAAUAGAUGACAUGGAGGAUGAGCCCAUCAAAGGAGAACAAUCUGAUUCUGAAGACAUGUGAGCAAAAAAACACACUCAAAAACUGGAAAAGUAUCUCCAUAAAGCAUUAACUUAAAAGCUUUUUGUUAAAAAAAAUCUUUUAAAAAUCUAGUACAUCUACACUAAAAUAACUGGCUAUGUGGUAAUAUCUUGGUGGCUUUCCUCAAGGGAAUAAAAUUAAACCAAUGUGAUGCAGUGAAAAGCAAUGAAAAAGAAGACUUGAAAAUGUGAUGUAGAGUUUUAUCUUCUGUUUACAAUAGGCUAAGUACCGACUGUACCUAUUACCAAAUCACUACUUCUUUUGCUGUUGCUGUCCUUCACAGAAUGCUUAAAAUGUUCAAGCUGUUGAGUGUGGAAGAGCUAGUCACAGAAUUGUGUUGUUCAGUGCAUCUGCUGCUGAGGGAAAUUGAAUGCCAUUGGCUAGGGAAAGACACUCUCUGGGCCCAUUGGAAGUGGAGAGAGAGCAGAGAAUGAUGGAGGGCUGAUGAGCUGUUUAGGAGGUUACUGUCUAGGGGCCUUUCCACACUUCUCUUUUAUCACAAUAUAGUUGCUGGGUGUAUUUAUUUUUUAAUUUUUUAGCAUGCUUCCACACAGCAUCAUAAUUAAUCAGCAGGUAUUCCAGAAAAAUGUAGUCAUAAACCACUUUUUCGCCUAGGAAAAAAAACAUCCUAACAUUCUGUGAAAGAUCUGGAAUGAAUCCUCAAUAAUUUUUGUGUGUGUGGAAUUUGUUCAAGCAUCAUCCUGCUUUCUCUGUUGGGAGGUGCUACUGGUGGAUAUUGUUCUACAGUUUUGAAUAUGUUUUCUGUCAGGCCCAACGUUAGGCCAAGAAGCAGCUUAUCUCCUUUUCAGUCGUUCAUACAGAUACUGAUACCAUGUCAACAUAUUGCCGAUGACAAUGAUCAUUAUCUGCAGAUAAUGUUCAGUCACAAUAAUAAGGUUCACCAUAACACAAGACAGACAAAACUUGGUCCUUCCUUCUAUUCUUCUGAUACACCGUAGGGUUUGAAUACCCAGGCCUUGUGCAGAAAACAAAAAUGGGGAAGAGAUUUUGGUACCCGGCAUGCAUGUUCUCUGACAUUUGCUGGUUAGUGGAGCACAAGAACUAGAUGAGACAUAAAGUGUGUGCCUGCAACUCUUCUCGAACCAGGCACAACCAGCCAUUACUGUAGAUGGGGGGAAAACCGCACUCGGUCUCCCGUGUACAGCUACAGUUGACUGAAUACCCUAAGUUCCAAAUGUGCUCAAAUAAACAUUGGAUCCAACAGUAACUAUACCACUAUAAAAGCUAGAUGUGGAAAGGCCGAGAUUUUAUCAAUAUGUGCUUUUUUAAAAAACUCUACUGAAACAUUCCCUAUCUUCUCUUGGCAGUCUUUUCAGUUGCCCAGCUGCUCAUAUAGUCCUUGGUUUGGUUCCUAUGUAUUCAAAGCAUGCAUCUUGCUAUAUCUUUAAGAUUCAAGGGCUGAGGAGCAGUUGUGUUUUUCUACUGUAGCUAAUGGUUUCAUAAACAUGAGUGAUUUUAUUUGGGAGGAGAGAAUUUUACUGCAUACUGAAUUGGUUAGCUAAACAAACAUAUAGUAAGCAUUUAUUGAAAGUGGUAGAAGCAGUUAGAAUUUUCAUGCUUUGGCCACUCAGCAUCCUAACCACAGAUCCACUCUAAAAACAGGCAGUGGUCCACAAACCCUUCUUACCAAUAGUGCCAUCUUCCUCAUCACUCUCUUUCAAGGCCUUACCUGAUGUGAUGUGUUUGGCAGUGGGACAAAGAGCCAUAUUUGGGUUUCAAUUCCCCUUCCCUGGUAUCUUGAGACACUUCGAUGGCUUUCCAUUCACAGCUUAAAUAUGGUACAGCACAGAGCUUCUUUUUCCAGACCUGAUAUUUCUUCAUUCCCCAUCAUGACAGGCUAAAAAUCAAGUUAAAAGCUGAAUGCUUCAUCUACUGUCUUUAAGCAAUAUAACCUCACAAAGAAAGUUGGAAGGCAAAGGUUCAAUGGCAUAAAUGGCAUUUAGUUACUUACACACACCAAAAAUAAAUCAUAUUCAUUUCAAUACAUUUAAGGGCUAAUUCAUAUGUUACCUUUAGCAGUGUAACUGCUGUUUACUCUAGACUCUUAUGCUAUGGUGGCAAUUUAUAAAUAUUUUCUAUGCUUUGGUACUUUGCAUUGUACUUUCCAUAAGGAUAUUACCCAUACAACAUGGCAGCAAUCUAUAGAGGAGUGUUUUUGCUGCUGCAUCCACAAAGUAAGAGGUAGUUCAUGGCUCAGCCCUUCACAAAAAACCCCCAAACCCUAACCCUGUUUAAGACCUACUUCUCCUGGAAUGAAGUAAUAGUAUGCAAACAUUUUGCAUUGCAGUAUGUUUGGGGAGGCAGAUCCAGAUUUGCAGGAGCUUCAGGCUUCAAUGGAGCAAUUACUUAGAGAGGAGCCCAGCGAUGAAUUCAGUGAAGAGGAAGAAGCAACGUUAAAAGCUGAAUGCCUAGCAAAUGGUACAGAAGGGGAUGAGGUUGACAACAAUAUCAGCAGCGAAAGUGUGCUUAAUGAAGAAUGGCAUUCAGGUAUAUCUUCAUUCCAGUUGAAUGGUUUGUUCUUACAGAAUCAUAACUCUAAACGGUUUUGGUCCGUGUGUGUCUCAAACUUGGAGAUAAACUCACUGAUGAUCCUGACUGGCUUCAAAUCAUUUCUACAACUUGGAAAGGCAAACUCCUAAAAUAAGUUAUAGAAAUGAUACACGUAUUGUUGGCGGUGUAUCUGUUAAGUUAGUCCUCCUGUUUUAUCAGUCUAAUAAGUUAGAUACAAGGUCUGUUCAGCAUUAACUGAACAAAUAUCUAAUUUGAGACAGCACUACUGUUAACAUAGUUAACUGCAAAAUGUACAUUCAAAACAGCAAAAUGUAUAUUGUACUGCCAUGCAGAUUGCAGUACAUGAAGCACAUUACUAUGCUAGAUCAAACCAAAGAUCUGUGUAGUUCAGCCCUACAUCUACAGGGCUUACAGACUCCCCAGUGUCCCUCAAAAGUGUGUCUCCCAAGUUUGUACACAUGCAAUGCAUUAAUCUACAGAGAGGGGGUGCCUUUGUACAAUUCCCUCCUGAAUAACACAAGAAGACAGGAUCGCUGCUUUUGUGCAAAGUAUAUGAGAAUGCACAGCUUUUAUAGGUUCUUUCUUAAAUAUUCUAUGUAUGUGGUGAAUGUGAUAAGUUUUUCUGAAGUUUUAUUCAUUCUAUAAUUUUGCCUCAUUCGGCCUUCCAGAGAAAGUAUGCUCAUAGUAAGUACUGAAACUUCUCUGGAUGGGGUGAAGGAAGUGUUCAACCACUAAUGGAAUGUUCCCUAGCUUUGUUCAUGUGGGGUGGAUAUACAUUGGUCUGAUUAUGAAAUCAAAGUUGAUGACAUUUUUUAGCGCAGCUGGCCACCAGGGAUGGGAAGUGGUUCUGCCCCACUGCAGCACCCGUCCAUCAAGCACUGUGAAGCCCUCAAGCUCCCCUGCCACCCAGAACCCCAACCUCCUACACACAGCAGCCACUGUGCCGCAAUACAGACCCCCCUGCCACCCUAAGACCCCCACCAAUGUCCUACAGAGCCCCCCAUACACCCAGUGCAGACCACCCCCACCCCUGACUAGCUGUGCUACUGUGUUGAUGCAAAGAAUUACUACAAAACAGGUGGAACAUUAAAAUGCUUCCCUGUGUUUCUAUUGCGUAGACAACAGUGAUGGUGAUAAUGCCAGCGAAUGUGAAGAGUAUGACAGCGUGUUCAGUCACUUGGAAGAGCUGAGAUAUAACCUGGAGCAAGAAAUAGGCUUUGAGAAAUUCAUAGAGGUUUAUGACAAAAUAAAGGUUUGUGGGAUAUUUUACACAAAGGAAUGUGAAGGAAAAUUGUCGUUAUUAAUUACAGUCCAUCGUUGCAAGGUGUGAACUUAAAUUAAUCUGGUUAUGUGUCAGUUAGUUGUAGGGCGUAUGGGGUGUUAGAGGAGGCUGUAUGAGGUAGCUUGUUCACCUUCGUUCUCCACUUUGCACUGAGUUCUCACCUCUGGCUUCUAGAAGCUAUUUGCAUGAGACAGUGGCCACCCUUCGGGAACGGCUUCAGCGGGCUGGCUAAACCAGGGGAAAGUAGCCGAUGAGUCUCAAAGCCUUGGUGCGUUAGGGACUUCCUCUGCAUGCAAAGACGAGCUCUAGCAGACUGAAAAGACGAGAGCUAUAGUGGGGUCCAGUGGUCAAGAAGGCAGUUUUUGCAUGUGCCAUAGGAGGAAGUGAGGGACAGAUGGGGCUUGUCAACCUAGGAAGGUAGGCCGUCUAGAAGAAAACUCUGAUCCUGUGCCUCUGUUGCCUUGUGGAAUAUCUUCAGGACAAGAAAAGCCUAAGGAAUAAACCCUACACAGAUCCAGAGUGCAGUCCCAAAAACGGUUGGAUGGCACUUCGUUAUCCCUUCUUCUGGCAGUUCCAGCAGCCAAGCUAAUGCCAAAUGUAUUGCUCUGUUUUCCUGUGAACCACAUCAGUGAGGCUGAGAGGGGGGUCUUGUCUGGGCAGCCCAGGACCUCCAUACACACUGCCCAAGCUUGUACCCCAGAGAGGUCAUUUUGGUGCUGCUAACGCAGCAGUUUGACUUCAUCCCCAGAGGCAUGCUCCAUUGUCUCUUGAGACAGCGGGUGCCAACAAUUAGUUGUCAUAUUUUGGCUUCCAGAGAUGAUUACACCAAGUAAAAAAGAAGCAGAAGUUGCAUUUCUUUCUGGAUUAUUUUUAAAUUUUUCAGCAUUUCAGAAAGUACAUUUAUGUUCCUUUUCUCUUAGGCUAUACAUGAAGAUGAAGAUGAGAACAUUGAUAUUUGCUCAACGAUCGUUCAUAAUAUUUUAGGAAAUGAACACAAAUACCUAUAUGCCAAAAUUCUUCAUUUAGUAAUGGCAGAUGGUGCUUAUCAGGAAGGUAAAUCAUCUGUUUACUGUAUUCAUUCAGCACAGUACAUUCUAUGCCACCUGUUCCAUAGAUUCCUGUUUUGUUUGUUGCUGUUGAAAUUGCUAAUUCUAAUAUACACUGGGAAGUUACACAAGGCUCCCCACUCACAAAUGUUGUUUUUAAGUAUAAUUAUUGAUGUGCAUACACAUUUUCCCUCAGUUUUUAACAUCUACUGCCAGACUUGUAUCGUAAAACCAAUAGAAUAUAUACAUUUACAGUUUGUGUACAUUACCAGCUUCAAGGACAGAACAAAUUCUUAGGAGAUAUUUACAACAAAUUCACAAUUGUCCUAAGAAAGGCCAUACUUCUGUAAACUACCUUUUUUUUGUUGAAAUCUGACUAUUUCAUGUAAUAAAGAUGAUAAAAUGGCUGCUUAUAAAUGUAGCUGUUCAGUGCAGACUUAACUAUGAAUGAAAGGUCAGAAAUGUUAAAAAAUGGACAGGGAAGGGUAUCAUGGAGCUAACCACGAUGCACUUUUACAUCUGCAUGCUGUUAAUGCUAACCAGGAUUUGUAUUCCUCGUACUAAUUUCAAGCUACUUUAAAUCACCGUUAUGUUAACAGUAGCAGAGGUAACACUGAACCAUGGUUAACUUCUAAAGAGAGAUGGAGAAAGGAAUUUGCAGGAGGGAAGGAAGUGUCUGAGCCUGCCACUUACAAGUCUCCUAGCUAUGAUCACAUUUAUUUGUUUAAUUUAUUGCAUUUAUAUCACCUUUCUGCCAAGGCACUCAACAAUUUUAAAACACUAAAAUAAUAUAAAAUGUAAAGACGGCCUUCAGGUGAGCAGGGAACACAGUCCACCUAGAGGAGAUCCUGAUGUUUUCUGUGCCUGUCUCCCUCAUACUUUCCUUUUCCACACAGGGCAGAUGGUUUCGUGGGGAGCAGUCUGACUGGGGUAGACCCUGAUGUUGUCUUUGCCUCCUUCACUCUCCUCUUCCUUCUCACAGGGCAGAUGGUAUCUGUUCAUCCUGGGGGUGGUGGAGGAUGCUUUAUCUACUCUACACCAUUAUCACUAAUAUUUACCAUAUUUUUCGCUCUAUAAGACACACCUGACCAUAAGACACACCUAGUUUUAGAGGAGGAAAACAAGAAAAAAAUAUAUUCUGAAUCUGCGCAGCGCCUCUUCAGCAAAGCAAAGUCAGAACAGCAAGAGGGAUCACUGCACAGUGAAAGCAGUGAUCCCUCUUGCUGUUCUGGGAUAGCUGCACCAAGCCUCUUCAGGGCAGGGGGAGCGUUCCUCCUGUUGCUCUGAAGAGGCUUCGCGCUGCUAUCCCAGAAGUCAGAACAGCAAGAGGGAUCGCUGCGCAGCGAUCCCUCUUGCUGUUCUGGCUUCAGCGAUAGCUGCGCAGCCUGCAUUCGCUCCAUAAGACGCACACACAUUUCCCCUUACUUUUUAGGAGGGAAAAAGUGCAUCUUAUAGAGCGGAAAAUACGGUACUUUCUUUUCCCAUAUGCAGAGUUUGAAAUCUUUGCAGCUUUAACUUUAGAAAAACACAUCAGUCACAGUAGCUUAUAAGGUUAAACUGAGCAGCCUUCAAGUAAAAUGCACAAAUGGGAGGUGGAGUUUGUUGAAUAUGCAGUAUUCAAACAUCUUUACUGUUGCUGUCAGUCAUCUUUACUCUUGGUGAAUUUUCUGGCCUGCAUUUUUUUUCUUAGCUUGAAUAUGAGGUCUUUUAAAAGUAGAUGCAUUUGGUAAACUGUUUUCCUCACUAUACUAAACAUUUUAAAUUUUUCUUUCUUUGCAGACAAUGAUGAGUAAAACGCCCUGGUGACAUUCUCAGCUGCAUGUAGGUGUGUGGAUUUUGUUGAGUAGAAUAAUGAGACACAAUGAAAAAAUAAUAUUUUAGUGGGGCAGGCUUAUAAUCUUGUUGAUUGCACGGAGACGGAAAAAACAUGACACUUCACUGAAAGGCUGUUUAUAGAUUUCUUUUGACAUAUAGCUUCAUUCCUUCAACAGAUAACUGAAAAGGCUACAUUUCAUUUAAAAUGAGUAGCAAAGAAUAGAAAGGCUGACUCAGAAACAAUUUAGUGUUUGAGAGAUUAUCAUGUAUGAAUAAGCCUAUGUUGUAUUAGGCGAUACUGUUUGUUUAAAUCUAAGCUGUUAAAAAGUACAGUUCAAACCACGAUCUUUUAACGCUCAUGCCCACCAUUGGGGGGGGGGGAAUCCUGUUUGGUACUGAUGAAAUUUUCAGAGACUUCACUUUCAGUUCAAGAGUUUAUAAUUUCUCUGUAAUGGCCCCUUGGGUCUUAAACACACAUAAUAUGAAAGUAAGCCUCAUUGAAAACAAUGGCGCAUUUCUAUAUGAAGUGGUUUAAGAUCAGGGUAUUGAGUAUUUCACCUAAUGUGUUUGUGGAUGAGUAUAUAUGUGUGUGUAUAUAGAGGGGGGGAAUGAAUACUCUUUGGAAAUAUCAGUAUUUUUAUCAGGGUCAGUUUAUUAUUUUCCCCCCAAUCAAAGCAAAUAGUGUGUCAUUUUUUAAGACUUCAUUUUAUUUCUGUCAAGUGGCUUAAGGAAUGAGUUUGGAGCUGGAGGGAGAAUCUGCAGUUUUCUCCUAUAAAUGAAAGCAGCUCCAAUAUGAUGGGGUUUUUUCUCUGUAGUACUAUGUACUGGACUAUGCCUGCUACUCAUUUUUGGUCUGUAAUUAGGACCAUCCUAGCAGUGGCUGAGAUGAAAGUUGCUACAAAUGUUUUGCUCGUGGUGUUUUGCAAACAAGCUAUGUAUCUUGCAUCCGGAUCUUCCAGAGGAAACAAGUUAAAUUUUACUUGAUGUGUUUGUUCUCUCUCCCUUCUUUCCUCCCUCCCUCUCUCCCAUGGAGGAAGGGGCACUUUAUGGGGGAGGAAACAAAUUCCUGUGAGAUGAUGACUUAAAAUAUUUUUAGUGUGCAACAGGUAAUAUCAGCGAGUGAGCUGAAUCAGCUGUAAUGCUUAACAGCUAGUUUUUCUGUUGAAAAAGUAGCUCUAUGUCCCCUGGGUACAAUGCCAGGCGGAAUGUAUGUAUGUAAACUCACCGUGAUUCUAACACUACAUUUAAAAGUUGUUUUAUUUCUAACCACAUUAAAUAAAUGCUUGACCUUUUUGUAUGAUUAUGUGGAUUUCUCUUUUGAUUUCUUUCUAGAGGAAAAACGGAACAAAAUAAAAAUACUAUUUAUAUUUUGUUA